UAUUGCGGCACCGCAGCAAUGAUUCUGGCGGAAUUAUCCGGAAAUGUGGCUGCGCGAUCCAUUGCGGGUGGAAGAAAAAAUCGAAAGUUUGCUGAUUUGAACAAGGUUGGAUCAUCUAAAAUUGGUGGAUUUAUAGCUUUGUUCUUAGGUCUACUCUUUUUAUCUGUAAGCUGGGACAGAAUCGAAUGUUUUCCUUUAUCUUCAGUGAAUGUUAGUAAGCUAGGAAGUUCUGUACUGGCCAGUGGGAAUUGUGUUAGGGUUUGGCCUAUGUUGCUCCCCUUCUUUUCCGGAUUUUUGGGAUGCUACGAAGGGAUUUCAAUGAACCCUGCAUCUAUAAGGGAAAUCGGGCAAAAACAGGUUCGAUUGAUAUCAUUGUUCUACACAACAGUUUUGCUUUUCAUACCUGCUGCUGUUAGUAUGGUUGUUUUUGAAGCAGACGGUGAGAAUGUAUCUUUAUCUAAUCUUGGUUGGCCAUUGGUUAAUACAGUUCUGUUUGGAGUGCUUUUGAGUGAGAACAGCGCAGAUGAGAAACCAAUGGCAUCAAAAGACUUUCAGAGAGAGUAUGAAGUCACUUAUGUGUGUACUCUUAUCUUGGAAUUGUUUUAUUUUCCAGAACUAUCACUCUGGGGAUUGUUGAUAUGUGGAUUCUUGAUCUGGAUAGCUGUUAGAAAUUUAGAUCCUGUUUAUUCUAAUUAUCUUGAGUUAGGUUUGCAAUCAUCUGAAUCAUUAGACAUUUCUGUUAUGAACCCCCUUCGCCACAUCUUGAGUGAAAGAAAGUCUAGAAAGAUUGCUCUUUUCCUCUUGAUCAACACAGCAUACAUGGUUGUGGAAUUCAUUGCAGGGUUUAUGAGUAAUAGUCUUGGUUUGAUAUCAGACGCUAGUCACAUGUUGUUUGACUGUGCUGCCCUUGCCAUUGGACUAUAUGCAUCUUACAUAUCCCGGUUGCCAGCUAAUGUCCAGUUUAACUAUGGUCGAGGGCGGUUUGAGGUACUCUCUGGAUAUGUCAAUGCUGUUUUCUUGGUACUAGUUGGAGCUUUGAUUGUUCUUGAAUCAUUUGAGAGGAUUUUAGACCCUCAGGAGAUUUCUACUAACAGUCUGUUGACUGUGUCUGUUGGCGGGCUUCUUGUUAACGUGGUCGGCUUGAUUUUCUUUCAUGAGGAACAUCAUCAUGCCCAUGGUGGGUCUGGAUCAUGUGCACAUUCCCAUUCCCACCAUCAUUCACAUGAUGAUAAGGAAGACCACAGCACUGUUGUCCAACACUGCCAUGAGCAAUCAUGCUCUAGCCACGAUAACCAUGAAAACUUUGACUUAGGGCAUGUUUCGAUCUUGGAUAAUGAUAGGGAAAGGAGAGGAACUGGUGCAUGUUCCCAUUCCCACCAUCAUUUGCAUGAUGAUAAGGAAGAACACAUCACCGUUCUCCAACACUGCCAUGAGCAAUCAUGUUCUAGCCAUGAUAACCAUGUAAACAUUGACUUGGGAAUUAGUCAGGUUCCAAAUGGACCCUUAAAGAGUGCAGAAAAAGAGAAGCCUCACCAUCAUGACCACCACCACCACAUUGACCAUAACAUGGAAGGCAUAUUUUUGCACGUGCUAGCGGACACGAUGGGGAGUGUGGGGGUGGUUAUUUCAACACUAUUGAUUAAAUACAAAGGGUGGCUUGUUGCGGACCCCGCCUGCUCGAUAUUUAUAUCAAUAUUGAUAGUUUCUUCAGUUAUCCCGCUGCUGAGAAACUCAGCAGAAAUUCUGCUGCAACGAGUUCCCAGAGGUCAUGAGGGUCACUUGAAGGAAGCUAUAGGCAAUGUUAGGAAGAUGGAAGGUGUGUGCGGCAUCCAGAGCCUGCAUGUUUGGAGCUUCACAAACACUGACAUUGUUGGCACUGUCCACCUUCACGUCUCAAAUGACACCGACAAGAUUGCUGCAAAGAAUAAAGCAUCAGAUUUGUUACACGAUGCUGGUAUAAAAGACUUGACCAUCGAGGUUGAAUGCAUCAAAG